AUGGUUGUGUUAGCAGCAAGUAUUGUGAAUCGAGGUGGUAAAGCCAUUAUUUCCCGUCAAUUCCGUGAAAUGUCUAGGGCUCGUGUCGAGAGUCUUUUGUCAUCCUUUCCUGGAUUGGUUUCUGGAAAAUCACAAAAUACGACUGUAGAGACAGAAAAUGUUCGUUUCGUAUACCAACCUUUUGAUGAACUGUACAUGGUAUUGACGACGAAUUUGCAAUCAAAUAUUUUACAAGACAUUGACACUCUUCAUUUACUGUCCCAAGCAUUAACUUCUAUAUGUGCGUCUUCAGAUGAAAGAGAGAUUUUGGAAUAUGCUUUUGAGAUUUUCGUAGCAUUUGACGAAGUUACGAGCCUGGGUUACCGGGAUAAUGUUACGCUCCCACAGGUCAAAAUGUACUUGGAAAUGGAAAGUCAUGAAGAAAAGAUUCAAGAAAUUGUCUCAAGGAAUAAAGAACUGGAAGCAACCGAAGAAAGAAAACGUCGCAUUAAACAAUUAGAAAUGCAAAAGAAAGAUGCUAAACGUGGUGCUCUUCAUGCUUCAUCUGAUAUUUAUGAGUCGGUUGGAUACCAAACCGUCAAUACUACCAUGACCGCUAAUGCAGAAGAAGAAUCUGCUAUGGAAUCAUAUCGUUCUGCUGCAAAUGCUGCAUCUGCCCCUCGGGCGAAGGGUAUGCAGUUAGGUAAGAAAAAAACAACUACUCCAAUGUUUUAA